UAUAUUUUGUAUAUUAUUUGUUUUUUAAUUAUUCGUAUUAUGAAUAUAGAUGCAUUUUCAGUUGUUUUUAAAAAAAUUUUAAAAAAUAUAGUGAAAAUAAAUUUUAAUCUAACAUAAUGGCAACUAUUUAUGCCUAAAAUACUUUCAUAUCUUAUAUUCAUUGUCUUAUCUUGUACUAAUUGUCUCUCUGCUCCCAUUUCAGAUUUUGUUAAACCAGACACACCCCCGAAGUAUUUUGCCAUAGAUAUUGAUGGUACAUUCCAUAUAAAAGAUGAAUCAAAAUUCAAGAAAAACGUCGAAGCAUUCAAACGACUCAAACAAAAGAAUACAACUCCCUUUUUCUGUACAGGACGACAUCUGCAAUGUGCUAAGAAACUACUGGGAGAAGGCUUUUUUACUGAGACUGGAUAUAACGGCUAUCCUGGUGUAUAUCUAAACGGGGCAUUAGUUUAUGAUACAAAUGGAAAAGCGUUCGUAGACAAGUUUACACCACAGUUCAUUGAUGAGUUCGUUAAUUAUGUCGAACAAAAUAAUCUUAACGAUAAAGUGUUUUAUUACAGUCCUGAAGGUACCUUUUCGUUGAAAGAAUUAUAUAAAGAUGGAUUACAGGCAAUCGAAAAUAAUUUCAUAACAACUCCGGUAGUUUUAAGUCUUUCUGAUUUAAAAUCGAAGGAUAUAAUAGGAAUAACAAUAUUCAAAACUGGAUUGGGUGGUUGUAUCUCAAUGAGUGGUGUACAUUCUAUCGAAUAUACACAACAUGACAUAACGCAUAUAACAUCUCUUAAAUGUGACAAAAAAAUUGGACUCGAAAAGUUAUUAAAAGAUCUAGGCUCAAACGAAACUGAAUGUGCUUACAUAGGUGAUGAUGUCAACGAUGUCGAAGCUAUGGAAUACUGUUCAAUGUCGUUUGCUGUAGCAGACGCACAGGAGGAAGCUAAAAAUAAGGCUAAGUGGACUUUAGACUUAAAGCAUGAUGAGUGUGCUUUUGAAAAAGUAGUAAAAUUACUAUGCGAUGAUGAAGGCCAACAAACCAGCUCGAUGGGAUCAGUUUAGGAACAAUUGUAAGCGAAUCCAACGUAUAAUUAGCCUAAAUUUAUCAAUGUUUAAAUUUUAAAAAUUUUGUUUUAACAUUUGGGAUAUAACAUUUUAAAUUUAAAAUUUGAUAUGUGGCGUUUUUGGAAGUUGACGUUGAUUCAAUGUAGUAACUCAAAUAGGCACUUGGAAUGUAGUCAAAUAAAUUUUUUAUUAUUUUUUACAAAAACUUA